CAUACAAUAAAGAAGUAUUUGCUGUGGUAACAGAUAAUGAAAAUAAGAUGAAAAAAAUGAGGGAUUCAAUCAAAGAAACGUAUCCAAAUCUUUUAACAUAUGGGUGUUCUGCACAUUAUUUAAACCUUUUAGAAAAAGAAGUAACACACCCAGAUGUCAUCAAACAUGUGGUUGAAGUGCAGAAAUAUUUUCGUAAUACACAUCAACCGCAUGGAUGGUUGCGUGAGAAAGGAGGGCAUAUGCCUCAGUUACCAAACGAUACCCGAUGGAACUCCCAAAUUGACUGUAUAGAAACAUACAUAAAAAACUACCAAAUUUAUGUAGAAAUAGUAGAUAAUCAUGAUAUACCUAUCAAAAUCAGAAAAAUUAUUGAAAAUCGAGCAAUAUUUAGAGAAGCUAACAGUCUUCAAACCCAACUCAAAAUAUUUGGUGUUGUUUUAGAUCAAAUGCAAAGUGACAGCUGUCACCUAUCCGAAUGUGUUGAGUUGUGGCUCUCACUUCUGAAUAACCCUGAACUAAGUCAUUACCACACAGCUAUCAAAAAGAGAUGUAAUGAUGCUUUGACACCUAUCCAUUAUCUUGCAUACAUGACCAAUCCUCGCUUUUUGGGCAAAAACCUGCCGAUUGAAAAUGAAGAUGAGGCUGAAGAAUGGCUUUACAAUCAUUAUCCUGAUUUUGUACCUGGGUUGAUUUUGCUUAAAUUAAAGGAUUGUGAUGCAUUUCCUAAAAGGAUGUUGAGUAAUCAAAUUAUAUCAACAAUAUUGUGCAGUGAUUGGUGGUCUAUCAUUAACCAGAGAAAUGAAAAAUCAAUUCAGAAAAAAUUGCCUGAAGGAUUUUGCAAAUUUAUUUCUAAACUUCAAACGUGCCCUGCUAGCUCAGGAUCAAUAGAAAGAAUAUUUUCUUCAUUUGGUUUUAUUUGGUCAAAAGUUAGAAAUAAAUUAGGAUGUGAAAAGGCUAAAAAGCUUGUGCAAAUAUAUAAACAGUAUCAAAAAUAGUUUAUAGUUUAUGUUUUUACAUAAGAAUUUAUGCUUUUACAAUAUAAAGUGAAUAUUACAUUAAAGUAAAGUUGUAUUUGCAAGAAGUAUA